GAUAUAUUCUCAAUCUUAAAGGGCUAAAUUCCUAUUUAAGUGCUUAACUUUGCCACUUAAAAACCCGACAAUAGCUUCAUCAAGAACACAACUGGCAAAGAUCAUCAUUUUUUUGACUACAACAAGAAUAAUAAUCACCGACAAUAAACACCAUGGCAAUGUAUAUCCGUGUGAAGCGUAAUAAGACCACCUACUUCAUUCAAUGUGACCCAACCGAGGCAAUUCUACAAAUAAAGGAGAAAUUAUUUAACCUCAUUGAUCAACCUGUUAAUGAUCAGCGAUUAAUCCUGAUGCCAGCUGGAGACGUGUUGGAAGACUCAAAGUCCCUAGCUGAUCAGAAAGUUGAAAAUGACGCUGUGGUGGCGCUGACUCUGAGAAAAGAUGACAAUGAAUUCGAGGAUGUAAAUAUCGUGAAACCAAAUGACUUUUACCAGCCCCGCGAUUCAGAAGGUGGUGCAAAUUGGUGAUACACAUUCUGGGAACAUCAAAUCCUCAAGAAAGAUCUGUAUACUUGUACACUUUGGAUCAAGGCAAUUGAUUUCCCUGCAUUUGGUUUGGUCAAAAUACUGAGAUAGGGUCGAGUUCAUGCAUGAUAGUUUGUGAUAUAGUCGUGAUUAGCACGAUAGACACUGUUCAAGAGAACCUUUUUUUUUUUUUUUUUUCACAAUGACGAGCUAAGAUAGAGAUCGAUAAAUUUCUGCAUCAAGAAUUUCUUUUUUCCUUUUUAGUGGGAUUAAAGUUUUUAUGGAUGUAUGAAAAUUGCUGGCCAAGUGUGUGAUUUGUCUUGUA